UGAAUUAGCCCAAACCCAACUCUCCUUCGCGCCAACCAUACGCCAUUUUCUCUGAAUUCACAAGGCCUUUGUACUUGUUAAUUCCAACCAUGGCUUCUUCUACUGCACCCACCAGCAACACUACUGUCACAUGGGCCGGAGCCCAUCAUCAUAAGCUUCGCUCUUCUUCUUCCUCACUACUUGAUUUGGGCUUCCCUUCAAAGUCCAUCCCCUUCAGGAAGCCCAAUAGUAGAAGAGGGAACGCCAUUCACUGUGCUGCUCUGCAGUCUCAUUCCGUGCUUCAUUACCCAAGACAACCCUUCCAUCCGAAGGAAUUCUCCAAAGACGACUUCCCUGAAAACCAGAUAACUCAGCCACCGCAGUGGAAUUUUUUGCAGAGGGUAGCGGCCUUGGCCUUGGACAGGGCCGAGAGCGCCUUGGUCUCACAUGAGCGCCAACACCCUCUUCCUAAAACCGCCGACCCCCGUGUUCAAAUUGCCGGAAACUUCGCUCCCGUGCCGGAGCAACCUGUCUGUCACUCUCUUCCUGUCUCCGGCACCAUCCCUGAUUGCAUUAAUGGAGUUUAUCUGCGAAACGGGGCCAACCCACUGUUCGAGCCUGUCGCUGGGCAUCACUUCUUCGAUGGCGACGGUAUGGUUCACGCAGUCACCCUUAAUGGCGGUUCUGCGAGCUACGCUUGCCGUUUCACCGAAACACAGAGACUGGUCCAGGAGCGAAAGCUCGGCCGCCCGGUGUUCCCCAAGGCCAUAGGCGAGCUCCAUGGUCACUCCGGCAUCGCUCGCCUCCUCCUCUUCUAUGCCCGAGGGCUGUUUGGCCUCGUCGAUCACAAUCACGGCACUGGAGUGGCUAACGCUGGCUUGGUGUACUUCAAUCAGAGACUCUUGGCCAUGUCGGAAGAUGACCUCCCAUACCAAGUGCGAAUCAAGCCCUCCGGCGACCUCGAGACUGUCGGCCGAUACGACUUCGACAAGCAGCUCCGGUCCACCAUGAUCGCUCACCCGAAAGUCGACCCAGUCUCCGGCGAACUCUUCGCUCUAAGCUACGACGUUGUUCAGAAGCCGUAUCUCAAGUACUUCCACUUCUCCCCAGGGGGUCACAAGUCUCCGGACGUUGAAAUCCCAAUUGCAGGCCCCACCAUGAUGCACGACUUCGCCAUCACAGAGAAUUACGUAGUGAUUCCAGACCAGCAAGUGGUUUUCAAACUUCAAGAAAUGAUCACCGGAGGUUCCCCUGUUAUCUACGACAAAACCAAGAAAUCUCGGUUUGGAAUUCUCGCCAAAAAUGCUCAAACCGCCUCUGAUAUCAUUUGGGUGGAAUCACCAGACACCUUCUGCUUCCACCUCUGGAAUGCUUGGGAGGAGCCGGAGACCAACGAAGUGGUGGUGAUCGGGUCAUGCAUGACGCCCGCGGACUCCAUUUUUAACGAAUGCGAGGAGAAUUUACAGAGCGUGCUAUCAGAGAUCAGGCUCAAUUUGAAAACCGGUGAGUCCACUCGCCGCCCCAUAGUUCCGGCGUCGGAGCAAGUGAACCUGGAAGCAGGCAUGGUGAAUCGAACCCGACUCGGACGAAAAACCCAAUACGCCUAUCUCGCCAUUGCCGAGCCAUGGCCCAAGGUUUCGGGUUUUGCCAAGGUGGACCUGUCCACGGGAGAUGUUCAGAAGUACCAGUACGGCGACCAAAGGUACGGCGGGGAACCAUACUUUGUCCACAAGGACCCCACAUCAGAAAGAGAAGACGAUGGUUACAUAUUGGCCUUUGUCCACGACGAGAAGACAUGGAAAUCAGAGCUUCAUAUAGUUAACGCCAUGAAUUUACAGCUGGAAGCCACAGUCAAACUGCCUUCUAGAGUUCCAUACGGGUUUCAUGGGACGUUCGUAAACUCAGAAGAUUUGGCAAAUCAAGCUUAGAAGAACAAAUGCUCGUGUGUGUGAGUGAGAGAACGAGAGAGAUAUUACACCCUGGAUUUGGAAAAUGGAGAUUUUACCUGAGGGAUGGACAUGUCCCCGGAUUUCUCCUGGACUCUGGUAUUUUUCUUAAGGUUUUUGGUCUUUUUGUGUAUUUUGAAUAGGGUUUUGGGGGAACCAGCUUGUAGCUUUUGCCUGUCGGUAGAAUUGGAGCUCAGCUGGUUUCUGUUUCCUUCUUUUUAUUAUUCAUUUCCUCUGUUUUGAUUUUCGUCUCCUCCCUUAUGUGUCUUUGUAAAAGGUUGAGAAAAUUUCCCUCUCUUGGAUCUUCCUCUCAACAACUCUUGCUGUAUAUAAUAAAUAUCACAGUGUUACAGUCUUA